AUGAAAUUAGACGUAGACAAAGAUCCUGAAGCGGACACGGAAAUGGUAAAGUGUGACGGAGAGACUUCACCGCUCAACUUGGUAUCAGAAGGGACAUCGUACGAUAUUCCGCUGCCUACUGGGGGCGAAAACGUUACCUCAGAGGGAGUUAGUCGUGCCGACGUUGUGAUUAUACUGAGCGGACUAUAUGGAAUCCUGUUGGUGGUCAUCGGUCUUGUCCUUCCUAUUGCCGAGGCCUUCGUGCAUACGGACUGGGGACAGAAUUACAUAUUUGAGUUUUUCUAUAUCUACGUGUACACUGCUAGUCUGGCUUUUCUGCUCUUCAUCUACCUGUUUUUACUGAGGUCUGAACCUCUUCCGAAACCUACCUGGUUUUAUUCGUUAUGUACGUGGAUACGUUCGAAGAUCUCCGCAAGCAAACAUAACAAAGAAGAAAGUGUUUCUAAAAAGCCCCAACAGAAGAUAAGUUUUGGUGGAGUGACGCAUGAGACGGGUAGCUUCUUCCUCCGUCUGGGAGCUGUUGGUUUCGGUAUCGGAAGUAUGGUACUGGACGCGCUGUAUUUUGGUCAGUAUUUCGAGUUUGGGGACAGCCAUAAAUUCUGCAUGGAUGCCACGCAGAUACUGAAGCCAGCCAUCAAAUCUUGUUUCUCGUUUUCACAACUCUUCUUCAUCUUCCGAAAUUCAAGGGUGAGCAUACUGAAGCAUUCCUUCGUCGCCCGGUUUGGGUUCAUGCACAUGAGCGCUACAAACGUUUGCGUUUGGUUUCGAGUCAUUGUCGUGGAGACGCUUCAUUCAAUACACAGCCACAAAAAAUCACACCAUUACGCCAGGUUGAACUCAACAAGAAUAGUGGAGCAUAAUGUAAGUCAUAGUUGGAUUAAUCGGGAAAUCGGGAUGUCGUAUUUCCCCGCACUUCCCGAACUUUCAUGUCAGUGGAGCAAUUUGAUUGGUCAAGUUCUGCGGUCUGCAAGUCCCUACCUAUAUCCUUUCACUAUUGAGUACAGCGUCAUCUGCGCUGGGAUAUUUUUUGUGAUGUGGCAAAAUGUCGGUAUGACUUCUAAAAGGGCUUCAACAAUUGAUGACAUACCACACAGCCACCAUCUGAUCAGCAUUGAUUGUGCAAGCUCCAGUCGUGGCCUUUUUCUUGGAAUUUUGACAUUCGUUGCAUCACUUGUUUCAAUGAUUAUUUUUAGUGUCGUUGUACAGACAGACAACGAGAGUCAAGUGAUCGUCCUAGUAGUUUAUCUAAGUGAAAUUAUUGCAUAUAUAUUCAUGAUAAUUGCAUCUAUUUUCGCUAUGAUUCGCAUGCGCCAUUUAAAAUUUUCAAGUAAUUUAACCGACGAACUGGAAAAAAUUUUGGCCUGGUUAUCGUUCAGUGGACUUUUCAUGUUUUCAGUCUUUAGUAUUUUUGCUGCAGUUUAUUUCAUUGACACUCUGGAAGCUGUCUUGACGAUUGUAACAAGUAUAUUUUCAAUGAUACAAGCGACGCUUCAGACAAUGUUGCUGAUCAUGGGAAUGGGGAUGUCAGCCGGAAGUCAAAUGCACGCGACAAAAAAGUCGGGGAGAGAGUUCGUUACUUUCCUGCUCAUGUGUAAUAUAACAAUGUGGGCGAAUACGACUUUUCAGAUAAAGAAUGUCGCCCACAACCCAGUGCAACUGCAGUUCUACGGACCGGAAGCCUGGGGAAUAUUCACCCAUGUUUCAGUACCACUCUCCAUCUUUUUCCGGUUUCAUUCUACGGUGUGUCUUUCUCAUAUUUGGAAACACGCCUGGAAAAUGAAACAGCAAUAG